AUGACCUCUGAAGAAGUUGCUCACCCGCAACAGGCAGUUCUGUCUCCGUCAGCAGAAGCAGAGAUCGCCAGCACCGCGCCGCCCGGACUCUGCGUUGCUCUUGCCACCCGGGACCACCGCGCAUCGCGACCUGUUGCUCCGGCUGUGGACUCUGCUGUUGGAACACCUCGUACUGCUCCGAACGGCACUUGGGAAGGCCUCGUGGGGCAGCUGAUGAGAGGCCACACAGACUUCGGGCUGGCGCUCUUGAUGCUGACGACGGCGCGUUUGAACGCCGUAGAUUUCUCGCUGCCACUCGUCUUCUCGCGGGUGGUCGUAAUUAUUCAGGAGCCAAAGGAGGAAGAGAUAACAUGGAAUAGCUUUCUGCGGCCCUUCGAUGUACGUCUCUGGCAGUGCAUUAUCGCAAUCACUGCCCUCAUCUGGGCUGUCCUCAGAGUUCAGAGGAGCUACAGACCACGUGUGGGGUAUCACGAGGACUACAGCCAGACGUACAGUGAUGUAUUACACGUCGCAGGAGUAUUCUUCAUGCAAGGUUGCGGCGGGGGUCGAGACACGAAGUCGUGCGACAGCGUGCGGGCGUCUCUGCUGGUGGCGUCGGUGUCUGCGCUGCUGGUGCACACCGCCUACUGCGGCGCUCUCACCGCCUCGCUGGCUACGCACCGCCUUAAGAUGCCCUUCUCGGACCUGAAGGGCCUGCUGCAGGACGGCUCCUACAAGUUGCUGGUGCUCUACGCCUCUGGAGAGAUGACCAUAUUCGAUAAUACUAGCGACGCAGUUCUCAAGUCUGUUUAUGAGAAGCACGUCGAGAAAGAUAAGAUUCCAAUACGCAACAAGGAAGUAUUUGAGAGAAUAUGCAACUCACAUAAAAAUGCAGCAAUGAUAACUGACGUUGUGUACAAAGCUUACAAGAGGUCAACAAAAUGUCCUGUAAUAAGCGCUCAGGAGUACAUGAGUAUUCAGACGGCUGUAGUCUUCAGGAAAGGAAGCCCUUAUCGUGAACUGAUUAACUACCAGAGUGUAGAUGUUUUCAAGUACGUGGCGUCUCCACAAGACAAUAUCACUUGCCUGCUGCAGAUGCGGAGUGAAGGGCUGAUUCACCGCAUCUAUUGGAAAUACUGGAUGCUGCGCGAUGGUCAGGAGAUGCGGGAGUCUCUCAAGCCGGUGACCAUCCAGAGCGUGAUUCCUGCACUCGCCGUCUUGGUAGCCACGGCGCUGCUGUCACUGUGUUUGCUGCUGCUCGAGAGGAAAACCUACAAGAGGCUGGUUCUGAGGGACGCAGCCACAAGCACAGACUAG